UAUAAUAGCAUAUUACGCAUCUACGGAGGUAAAAACAAGUACUAUCCUUGAUGACAGUAAAAUCAAAAUAAAUAUAUCAAUAUUAAAUGUAAGCGUUCCGUCUAUCGUCCACCACAAAACAUGUGAUCGACAAAGAUCCACACGACAAGUCAUGUCUUCCAUAUAUAUAAACCACAAAGUUAUAGUCCACAUAUAAGCUACUAGUAGAGGAUACGGCCCCGUCAUGACCGUAGGCUUGUUGUCCCACAACUUAUGGCGACGUCAUCGUGACUGUCCGCCAUAAGUUGUGGUACAACAAAUGCCUAUGGUGUGUCGUUCGACACGAUAUGUUUGUCGCACGAUUCCACAUGCCCCGUACACCAUACAUAGACGCGUGGAGCUUGAAGGAUCCCGGCCCAGGGAGUCCAAUUAAAACUUGUUUAUCAUAUAUUUUUCAAUUCAAUAUAGUUAUUUUAUAUUGAAUGAUCUACAAGUUGUUCAGUACUAGGCGAUGGGAAUUUUAAUUCUCUUAAAUAUUAAAUGGAAUCUAAGGCUGGAAUCAAAGUUAUUUUUAUUUCAUCUUCAAAUAUUUGAAAAGUUGAACUAGGGAGGUAUAGGACUACAACUCAUGACGAUUAAGGAUACAAUAUGUUGCAACAAGAUGCCCAGCUGCCAAGAACAAAAUCAGAGAAAGCAGUCAUUUACACUAAAGAGUACCUCGAUUGCUCAGUAAGAAAGCUGGUUGCUAAACUAGACUUGCUAAAAGUGUUAUUUAAUAAUCUCGAAGGCAGUUUCUUGAGUGAAUCUCCAUCAGAAAUUGACCUGGACUCAGCCGAUGUUGUAGCUAUAUCAAGGAAAAGAUUACAUUUAGUUAUCGAUUUCACAGAGAAUCUCCGUGAACACAAAGCUCAUUGUAGCAUGGAAAUAUGUAGAGCUAUGGACAAUGUCUACAGAAUGCUAAGUUCAAUCAAGGAACAAAUCUCAAAGCUAGAUGCUAGAGUUGCAAAUGUCAUCAUAGAGAUUGAGUCAAUCAUUGAAUAUGCAAAUGUGCAUAUUAGGAAUAUCGUCCUAACAAUCAAUGAGAAGAAAGUUGAGGAUUCGCUGACUCAGUCUUUUACAAAUAGUCGAAUUAACAGUUCAAGUAAAAGUAAUAUGGUUGAUACUGUCUUAGAUAUUGAAUGCCAAAUAAUUUACGAUAGUGGUGCCAUAAACAGAAAUCCAAAUCUGAAGUUAGAAAAAUCAAUUGAUAUUGAAGAAGAUUAUAACCAUGCACCAAGGAAUGAAGAGCAAGAGCAUGGGUUUCAUAAUGAUGAUGUUGAUCAUGGAAAGUCUCCUAAUAAGUCUGUUGACGAUACCUGUGAUGUACUUGAUAAGACGCUUGGUGAUUAUCCUCAAUCUGAUAUAUCCUCAUGUGAAGAUGAGUAUGAGAUGGACAGUGACAUCAGUGAACCUGAAAUAUUGGAGAAAGGACCGAAUGGCGAAUUUCCACGACCUCGAAUAUGGAAUAUUCGAAAAGUAUUUCGGAAAUAUAAAGCAAGACUCGCUUGUAUUAAGAGGGAUAUAGAAGAUAUGCUAUAGUUUAUAUUUUAUUUACGUACUUUACAUUCUACAAUUGAAAUAUUGCAUGUAAACUUUUUUAUUUUUAAUUUAAUUAAUGCGAGCAAAAGAUGUUAAUGCAAUUGUGAUAUUAGUAGCGAACGUAUACUGAAAUUGUCUUCUAAUCUGUGUAUUCAUUUCAGUAAAAGGAUAUUCUUUUUUUUUUAAA